UUCACGGGAAUCCUUGCUUUUCACAGGCUGUUGAGUUUGAAAAGGAAGACAGACGACAAAGGCACUCAAACGGAAGAAGACGCCAAGAAGAAAGAAGAGAGAAGUGAAAGUGUGGGCAGUGAAGUGGAAGUGCUCAACCUGCAAGUAUCUGCCCUCUUCAGAGAGCUUCAGGAGACCCACGCCAAGUUAAAAGAAGCAGACGUCAUUCAGAAAAAGCUGCACGAAAAGUGUCAGAUCCUUGAAAGAGAACACCCCUCCGCUGUUGGAGACCUGGAUGAGAAGCAGCAAUUGCUGUACACCAUUAAGAAGCUGGAAUUGCAGGUGGAGAGCAUGCGGUCAGAAAUCAAGCUGGAACAGGCGAAAACCAGCGACGAGAAGGCCAAAUUCCAGGGCCUCCAGGAUUCUUACGGCAAACUGGUAAAGGAGCUAACGGAGGCUUUGCAGACGGUGGAAGAACUAAAAGUCAAAGAGGCGCAAAGGACCGACCAGGCGACGUUGGACGAAUUAAUUCACAAACUAGACCUUGCGGAACAGGCCCUGGCUUCCAAGCAGCUGCAGAUCGACAAAAUGAAGCAGACGCUUAUGAAGCAAGAAGAAGAGCUGGAGACGGUGGCCGUCCUCCGAGCUCAGGUGGAGGUCUACUGCUCCGAUUUCCACGCGGAAAGAGCGGCGAGGGAGAAGAUCCAUGAGGAGAAAGAACAGCUAGCCACACAGUUGGCGUACUUCUUGGCUGAAGAUCAAGAACGUGGAGAUCUUGGCAGGUGCUCCUUGGCAGAGAUGCAAACCCGUCAUGGAAGCAGACUCUCGUCAGGACAAGGAGCUGAAGACCAAAAUCAGCCACAGCAACCCAGAGAUAUUCCUAUACAUUCUUGUCCGAAAUGUGGUAUAAUUCUUCCGGAUAUAGAUACGCUUCAAAUUCAUGUUAUGGACUGUAUCAUCUAAACAAUGUUCUCAGAAAUGCUCAGAAAUCUGCACUUUGUACAGAAAAAUAUAUCUGUGUGUCCAUAUGCACCUUGGUUUAGAAAGCGUUUGAGACCUCAACAGCUUCUUCCCAAGGAAUUCCCUAGGGAGGUUUAGGGUUUAGUUAGGCAUUCAAAACUGACCUUAGCAAAAACUGUUAACGUACAUCCGUACAAUCCCUUUCCAGCUAGCUGAAGCUAAAUAUGUCAGCUGCCUAAUCGCUAGGAACCAACACAUUUUAAUGUGGGGGUUAUUUAACGCAGCUUGUUCAGUAGGAGCGUUUCGCAGACUGGAAGUCUUAACGGGCAGCUUCAAAGCUGCCUAUUUCUAUUUAAUCGCAUAUUUUAAAAGGGUGCGAAAGGUUUUUGAAGUGGAACCCCUUUCUUUGGCUGUUUCGACCGAAACGAUUCAUUUUAUAGUCGGAUGGCAUCUGCUAAAAAACUCAAGCGUUUCUGAUGAAAUGAGAAGUGGAAUCUGGAGGAUUUAAACUUUGCCCCGACAAAAUUUGUGCGUGGCCCUCCAUGUGGUACUGAAGGGGAGAGGUUCCUUGAUGAAAUACAUUGACCAAUAGGUAAAAUAAAAGGAUGUUGAUUGCCAGUUGAGAAAACAUCCCCACUGGGAUGCAUGUGAUUCUACUCUCAAAUAGUCCGAAAGCUGUUGCGGCUAUAGGUGGCAUUUCUGUAAAGGAUAAAAGACAGCGAGAGCAAAUAAGAAGAAUGCUGAUUUUUUACUUGUGCUUUUGAUUCAUUCGAUUCCUGCUUAAAUUGUGAUUAUUUCAACGUGAAUCAAACCAAAUCACGAAUUGCUUAACUGAUUAAACAGGACAGGAGUCAAUAGUGAUGUGAUUCAAUAACAUAUUUUUCAUGUUUAUUUUGAAGCUUAAUUUUGUACCUCUUAUUGUUCCACAAGUACCUUACUAACAUAAAGUUUACAACUAAGCUAGGAAACCAUUGAAGGGAAAUAUUUGUGUGGGUCCCACUCGCUCAUCUUAGUUUUUGCAGUGAGUGAGUUAACCUUUAAGCUAAAUGAAGAUUAAAUUGAUUAACUGCCCAAUAAAUAUUUCGUUGGUCCUUAUGUUUGAGAUUUGUUUCAAGAAACGUCUGGAUGUUAUACUUGAAAAAAAAAAAGAUUUAAUGGCACAAGUGAUAAACGAAUUGUAUGAAUGAAAGAAAACAAUAAAGCCAUGUUCUGAAAUA